UGUUUGUACUGUGGGAGGAAGUGGAGACGCGUCGUCCAUCUAUGAGACAGAGAUCCAUUAAGGAACGCCCACCCAUCAUCGGGCAACAUAACGUCAUUGGGCCUUAUCCAGGAAGUAGAAAACAUCAACAAUCCUUCCAGGUUCCAGGCUAGGGCGAAGUGUCAGUGUAGCCUAGCAGCGAGGUAGCUAAGGUUGAUUUUCUCGGGUAUUUCGCAGAUUUGUUUUAUUUUCUUUUGUAAUUAGUUUGUUGUAGCAUCCCAGAUAUGUCGUUGCUCGGUAAGCUAUUUGGAGGAGGAGGAAAAGGAGCAAAGGGACCCAGCCCACAGGAGGCGAUCCAGAAACUCCGAGAGACGGAGGAGAUGCUAACGAAGAAACAGGAAUUUCUAGAGAAAAAGAUCGAACAGGAACUGCAAAUUGCCAAGAAGAACGGCACGAAAAACAAAAGAGCGGCUCUGCAGGCCUUGAAAAGAAAGAAACGGUAUGAGAAGCAGCUCGCUCAGAUUGACGGCACGCUGUCGACCAUUGAGUUCCAGAGAGAGGCUCUGGAGAAUGCCAACACCAACACUGAAGUGCUCAAGAACAUGGGCUUCGCUGCCAAGGCCAUGAAGUCUGCCCAUGAAAACAUGGACAUUGACAAGGUGGACGACCUGAUGCAGGACAUUACAGAGCAGCAGGAGCUGGCCCAGGAAAUCUCUGACGCCAUCUCUAAACCUGUCGGCUUUGGAGAGGAGUUUGAUGAGGAUGAGUUGCUGGCAGAGCUGGAUGAGCUGGAACAGGAGGAGCUGGACAAAAACCUGCUGGAGAUCGGGGGAUCAGAGAACGUCCCCCUCCCCAACGUGCCUUCUACUUCAUUGCCUUCCAGACCUGCCAAGAAAGAGGAGGACGAGGACGACAUGGAGGACCUGCAGCGCUGGGCGAUGGAAGCCAUGUAAAUGUGGCAUCUGCCACAUGAUAUCUGCAUCAGAGAGAAAAGAGGAAGAAACAAGGGGGAAUGAAUGGACUGAUAGGAUGUUGUGUAUGAGUAUUUUUGUGUGUCUGAGGAGAACUGACCAUCUACUUUAUGUAACACUACAAAAAAAGCAAAAAUGCUGUAGUCUCUCUUUUCCUGUCCCCUUCUUAAAUAUGGAGACCCCUGGGUGCUUAGGGGCUUUUAUAUUGAAGCUCUAUCUACUUUACCAUGGCAAAGUCACCUAAUAUAUUUACCCUUGAAUUUAACACAAUACUAGCCACUUCUUGGUCCUCGUACUGGGCAAGGCUAUUUCAGUGCCCACAGAGUUCAUAUUGAAGUGUAACAUUAUGAGCUCUGUGGGGCGAUAAAAGAGUUGUUGUCAGAUUAGUGUUACAGACUGUGUGGCGUUGUUAACGUCACUGGAUGACAGGGGAAUUUUCAUGGGAGUUUAAUCCUAAAAGAUCUGUUUCCAACUCACAUAUUUACCUGUAUUUGUGGCGUUAAACUUGCUGGAUGUUUUUAUUUUUUCCUUCUUGACAAAAAUAACAAUCCUUUGCUCUCUGUUUUUUGUUAACUGCUCUUGAAAAUAGGAGAACAGCUGAGCAUGAGCUGGGUGAUGAAGCUACGAGCUGUGUGUUUGCCAGAAUCCGUACCUCUUCUUUUGUUUCAGGCUGCGUGCUUUUUCCCUUAACCCCCCCCGGCCUCCUGUCGCCAUUUCAGCGACUUCUUCCUCCCUCAAAGGCGUUCUCACCAGUGGUUCUUGUUAUUUGGUGUAAAUAUCCCAAAUGUGUCUCUUUUUAUAUACUGUAUUUCUGCCGUCACUGAGAGGUUCUGUUGAGGUUGUGUGAAGCAUGCAACAAUGGGAAAUCACAAUACAGAUCACAAUAGAAAGAGAGAUGUUAAACCUAACACUUUCAUCCUGCUCUGUCUGUCUCGGUCCUUCUCAUAAGGGUUUUUGUUUCAAAUUGUAUAAUGUUAAAAAAAAUAAUAAUAAUAAACUAUUGUCACACCUUUAUUAACUGCAUCUUGAAGGAGCUGGUGGUUUAUAAAAGAUUAGAUUAUAGUCAAUCUACAACAUCAGCAUUUUGGAAUUUAAAGAGGUAUUUCCUUUAGUUUUUCAAAGUCAUGAUGUACGUUUUUUACAUAGAAAAAAAAACAACACAAGGAUGGAUGGACAAGCAUGUUUGCAUUUCUAUGUUUUAUUUAUCCAGAUGAGAAUAUUAUUUGCAAAAUCAUUAAAGGUUUUCAAUUCUUUUACUUUA